AUGAUGAUGAAGGGUGAGCAAAUGAUGAUGAUGAAGGUGGACUAUUCAAAGUCAAGAAGAAAGCAGUUUGGAAACCACCAUAAAAAGCUUCCAUCUUCAUUCUCAUCAUCAUCUCCACCUUCACCUUCAUCUUCAUCAUCCUCUCAAAAAACCAUGGGUGCAGAAACAGCUUCUGAUAAGCAGGAGGUUGUGGAUUUGAGUGCCAUGUCUUUAGACACCCUCCCCAUCACUUCUAAUCUCAAUUUAUCCAUCAUUCUCAUCUUGGAUAUCUCCAACAACAAUCUCCAGGUAAUACCAGAGUCAUUGGCAGCAAGAUUGACGAAUAUGGUGGUGUUGGAUGUUCAUUCAAAUCAACUCAAGACUCUACCAAAUUCAAUUGGUUGUUUGGCAAAGCUCAAGACUCUCAAUGUUUCUGGAAAUCAUCUCCAAUCCUUCCCAAAAACCAUUGAAAACUGCAGAGCACUGGAGGAUUUAAAUGCGAAUUUUAAUCAGCUGACAACACUGCCGGACACCAUUGGAUUUGAGCUGAUCAACCUCAAGAAACUCUCCGUCAACUCCAACAAACUCAUUUACCUCCCAACCUCCACCUCUCACCUCACCGAUCUCCGCCACCUCGACGUCCGUCUCAACCGCCUCCGCUCUCUACCGGACGACCUCGAAAACCUCAUCAACCUCGAAAUCCUCAACGUCAGCCAGAACUUCCAGUACCUCGAUAAACUUCCCUACUCCGUGGGCCUCCUCAUCUCCCUUGUCGAACUGGACGUCAGUUACAACAAGAUCACCACCUUGCCGGAUUCCAUGGGCUGCCUGAAAAAGCUCCAGAAACUCAGCGUCGAAGGGAACCCUUUGGUGUCUCCACCACCGGAGGUGGUGGAGCAAGGUGUACAAGCAAUCAGGAAUUUUAUGAGUGAGAAGAUGACCGGAGCUCAUCAGAACUCCCCGAAGAAAAAGUCAUGGAUCGGGAAACUGAAGAAAUAUGGAACGUUCAAUGGACUCCGAAUGACGCCGGAGAGAGAAGGAUACAUAAUGCCGAAUUACCGGACGAUCGACGGACUUGCUUCUCCGAGAUACAUGGGGAUGUUCUCGCCGAGGAGGAUUUUCUCGCCGAAAACCUAUUUUUCAAGAUAAAAGAACAAGUUUCGUGGUCAUUUUGUAAAAUAAAAAACUUAUGUGUCUAUCUUUUUUGUAUUUUCAUUUCAUUUUCCUUUUUUAUUUUUAGUGUAACUUUUUGUCUUCCUAGGUGUGUUCUUGCCUU